CAGAAAUUAUCAAUUUUCAAAUCGCCUUAAAUCUCGAGCGAUAAUUAAUAGUGCUUGCAACGGCAAUAACCUGUCGUAUCGUAUCUACCAUUUCUGUGGCCUUGAUUCGAGAGAAAAUUAUAUUUUCGACCACUUCAUCAAUUUAUUUGUCGAUUCAAUCGUAUUAAUUGCUCUGACGAGUGAGAAUUCAGGUUUCUGUUCAGGCAGCGGAGAAUGGUACUUAACUAGUGAAAUCGGCAGUUGUUUGUAGUGGAGAAUACGGAUAAUUUGAGUCAUUAAUGGAAGAAGGAAUGAUUGAGAGAUGAGGCGAGAUAUCUCAGUGUUGCUUCAGCCGAAAAUUUUGCUUCUUUUCGUUGUGGCUUUGGUUCUCAUCUUUCUCGUUCUUUCAUUUUCUCCCCAGCCCCAGGAGGUUGAGAGACCGGAGGAGGUAUAUGAAAUCACUCGUAGAGUAUUUUUGGAUGUUGACAUAGACAAGCAACAUGCAGGACGGAUAACCAUAGGAUUAUAUGGUCAAGUUGUGCCAAAGACUGUAGAGAAUUUCAGGGCUUUGUGUACAGGGAAGAUGGGAAAAGCCCCCAACGGAAAAGUUCUACACUACAAGGGAACUCCAUUUCAUCGUAUUAUACCUGGAUUCAUGAUACAAGGUGGAGACAUUGUUUCUGGAGAUGGAAGAGGAAACCAAUCUAUAUAUGGUGGUACCUUCCGUGAUGAGAAUUUCAAGCUCAAGCACUCACAUGCAGGUGUUGUGUCCAUGGUGAAUUCAGGGCCUGAUUCCAAUGGUUCGCAGUUUUUCAUUACAACGGUCAAGACAUACUGGUUGGAUGGUGAGCAUGUUGUUUUUGGCAAAGUCAUUGACGGCAUGGAUACUGUAUAUGCCAUUGAGGGAGGUGCAGGAACAUAUAGUGGGAAUCCUAGAAAGAAGGUUAUCAUUGUAGAUUCUGGGGAGCUAUCGAAGGGUGAGUAGGAAGAAGAUAAUCGGUUUUGGACAACAUGCUAGAAGCAGUAAUAAUUCAGGUUAACUUACUAAUUUCCUUCAUUUUUUUCUGUCUUUUUGGGACUAUGCAUCCUUCUGUAUCAUGUUUGUUAAAUUAUACCAUCCACUAUAUUUUGUUAAGCUAUAGUAUAAUUUGGAAUAAUGAAAUGCGUCUCCGGGGUUUGCAGUAAUUGAUAUAUUUGUUAUAUGCGA